UCACAUCCUGAAAAUUGAUCAAGUUGUUAGUCAUGCAUGCUAAAAGAUAAAUCUGCAAUUUGAGGUUUUGUUUAAACAUAAAAAUUCAAAUGAGAAAAAAAAAAAUAACAACAAGUUUUCAAAUGGGAAUCCCCUUGCUGAAAAUUUAAGAGAAGGGAUUGUUUAAUUGUCCAAGUAAUGUUGAACAACUUCAUGUACAGUCACACCCAUUUUAAACAUCAAAUAAGAACAAUGGUCUUAUUUUUUAUUUAAAAAAAUUGACUUAUUUUCAAAAACGUUAUAUUCGAUAAAAAAUUAUUUUGCUAAUGCUGAGCUUGUAAUUCAUUUACAAAUGACAAAUUUCUUCAAGUAAAUUAAUUCUGUAAUUUAAAAUCUCAAAAUGUAUCAAGGCCUCGUAUUUAUUUUCAAUGCAAUUUUAAUUAUCAUUGAAUUUUUAACUGAAAAAAAAUGUCGCAUUUUCGUAUUACUAUUAAAUUCAAUUUUCAUUUUAUCUGAAGUAUUGAUAAAAAAAACUUUUUACAUGUUGAAAAUUGAAAUAGCAUUAAUAUUUUUAUUUACAAUAUACAUGUGUCGUUAUUUUUCGUAUUGGAAAAAUCGUGGUGUUGUAUUCGAAACACCAGUACCAUUAUUUGGAAACGUUUUAGAAUUUUACAAGCCUUGGAAAAUUUCACCAGGAAAUAUUAUCAAAAAUUUAUACGACAAAUAUAGCAAUUAUCCAUAUGUAGGAUUUUUUUUAUAUGACGAGCCUUGUUUGCUAUUGAGAGACAGAGAAAUUAUUAAAAGAAUUCUUACUCGAGAUUUUAAAUUUUUUACUGAUAAAUUUAUGCAAUCAUGUGAACAAGAUUCAUUGAGCAACAAAAGUUUGCCAUUUCUUCCACAUGAUGAAUGGAAAGAGCUACGAACAAUACUUGCAUCAGCAUUUACACCAAAAAAAUUAAAAGAAAAUUUUUAUCAUUUGAAAAAAGUAUCAGCUAUUCUUGAUGAUCAUUUGAGUGAAUUUAAAAAAACAAAUCCUGGUGAAGCAAUUGACAUAAAAGAAGUCAUUGCAAAAUAUGAAACUGAUAUAACUGGUUUAACACAAUUUAGCGUAAUGUUAAAUUGCUUGACUGAACCAGACUCAGAGUUUCGAUUAUAUGGAAAAAUUUUAUUUGGAAAUUUUAUCAAUGUUAGAUGUCGUGAAUUGAUGGCAGUUUACAUGAUGCCAAGAUGGUUAAAAAAUUUAUUUGGCUACAGGUUUAUUGAAAAACCUAGUGGUGAAUAUUUCAAGAAAAAAUUUUUAGAUAUUAUUAGAAUUAAAAAAUUGAGAAAAGAAAAUAAUGAGAGCAAUGGAAAUAUACAAAAAGAUUUUCUUGAUAUUUUAAUUGAAUAUCAUGAGAAAAAUUCAAGCUUCAGUUUGAAUGACAUCAUUAGCCAGGCAAUUGUAUUUUUCACUGCAGGAUUUGAUACAACCUCAACUGUAACAUCAUUUGCUCUUUUUGAAUUGGCAAGAAAUUCUUCAGUUCAAAAUAAAUUACGAAAAAAAUUAAAAGAUGCCUUGGAAGAAACUGGUGGACAAAUUACAUACGAAUUGAUAAAUUCAUUAUCGUUUCUUGAAGAUAUUGUCUUGGAAACAUUGAGAUUACAUCCAACAGUACCAACAAUUGAUCGUAUUGCAGUUCAAGAUUAUCUAAUUGAAGAAACAAAUUUAUUAAUUAAAAAAGGAACUCCAAUUUUUAUUUCAGUUACUGGAUUACAUUGUGAUGAAAAUAAUUUUAAUAAUCCAAAAAUUUUUGAUCCAGAAAAUUUUGGAAAAAGUGAUGCUUCUAAAAAUUCAGCUUACAUGAGCUUUGGAAUUGGUGUUAGAAGCUGUAUUGCCAAACAGUGGGGUAUGAUCCAGGUUAAAUACAGCUUGGCUCAUAUAAUUUCAAACUAUGAAAUAAAUUUAUCUAAUAAUACAUCUGUUGAAAUUGAUCCACAUGUUUAUUUUACUUCUGGAAAAAAAGGACUUUUUGUUCAUCUUGAUAAAAUUAAACAUCUCAUAGAAGAUUAAAUAACAAAAAUAUAAAUUAACAUAUUAAAAUAUUAAAUUAAACAUUCAACAAUAAUUUAAACAAAUAAAUAAUAUUAUAAAUUAAACAAAUUGAUUUUUAAAUAUUAAAAAUGUCUAUUACCUUCAGCAAAAGGUGACGUAAUUAUUAACAUAAUGGAAAUUUAUUAAAUUACAUGAAUUUAGUUUUUGUUUUUUUUUUUUUAACAAAAAUAUAAACAUACUUUAAAGUUGUUACAAUAUAAAUAUUAUCGUUAUCUUUUUGGUAUUAAUAAUUGUCAACAAAUGAAUAAAUUAUAAAAUAAAUAAACAUCAACAAUAAAUACUUUCUAAAUUUUAA